GAGACAGACAUGACCUGUGAGGCUGAAAUGGAGCAGAUUGUCUCCACUGCGCUGACUCUGCAAGAGGACUACAUCAAAUUCACCCCAAGGAACCCCACCAUGGCCUGCCACACUGAAAUCAUUGGGGUAUUUCAUGAUAUUCACCCCACUGUGGAGAAAAACAAGGAAGCCCACCGGGAUAAAUUGGUUCUACAAGAGACUCUGGUGGAACUCUACUCCGUCUUGGGAAUUCCACAGGAGCCCCAGGUCGGCAAAACCAUGAAGUUUGAAGAACCAGAACAACAUAGAGGAUCAGCUAGGUUUGACCCCCUAGUCAACAGCCUGCAGUUGAAAAGGCCUUUAUACGAGGAGGAACGGAGGGAAUGUAAGAGGCCGCUGGUUCAGGCAGAUGAGGCCGUGGCAGCCCCCAGUGCCAGAUCCAGGAGGAGAACCAUUUACUCCAAGGAGCAAACCCACUUCCUUCAGAAUCAAUUUGACCUCAACCCUUAUCCGGACUUUGUCAACAGAUGCCGCAUUGCCAAGAUAACCGCCAUUCCUGAGCCCCGGAUACAGGUUUGGUUCCAGAACAGAAGAGCCAGACACCUCCCAAGAGCGGCCACGUCCCUGUCCCCCCAGGAAAGGAAACCCCCGGGUUCUGUAGGGCCCAGAUCUUCCCUGUGCAGAGAAGCCCAACACCCAGAAGCUUGGAGUGAAGUUCUGAUCCCAUUGGACUCACAGCCCCACCCAAACUGACUUCUACAAUCAACUCAAUGGCUUUUGUACUUCAAUGGACUUUUAUUAUGGGGGGGUUUCUUAUAAAUAACAUUACUGGCUGCCGAUUGGUGCAUAUGUUACAGGGGAUGCUGACAUUUAUUUUCUAUAUUUUAGUAUUUUAUUUAUUUUAAUAUCUUAUAGUAAUAGACCCCGUUAUUUAUAGACAUUAUAUUCUGUUCAUUCUGUGCUUCAUUAUUAUCUAAAGUUGUAUUAUUUAUGGUUUUUUUAAUUAUUUGCCUUCUGCUUCUGCCACUUUCCAGCUUUCAAAUGGGGGUCGCUGACCCCGGCAGCCAAACCCUAUUGCUCUGUGAGGCUCCAGUUUUAUUGUUAUUGUUACUUUUUAUACCUUUAUUUUUCAACUUAGGCCCUUUCCUGUUUAUAUAUCGGCCUCUCGUGCAAACCACUCCCUGGUUGCUAAGGUAAUUUGCUUCCUAGCAACCAGAUAGCAGCUGAAACUCCAUUCACUGAAUAAAAAGUGAAAUAACUAAAACACUACAAAUAAUAAAAACUAGUCAGAUAUUCACUUUCACACAGCAGACUGUUGCCAGUUGAUUGGUUGCUAUGGGUUACUAGACUUCCAUAUAUUUUAGAUUUUUUUCUGUAUCCACACAGGGCAUUGCUUGAAACUGCAGAUGUGGCACAAUUAUGUAUUUAGCAAUACAAGAAGAUUAAUAUAUAGUUGGACGUUUGGUUUUCAAUAAAGAUGAGAUGUUAUUUAUAAAA